GUGCGGGUCGCCGGGCGGUUCACACACACGCGCUGUCUCUCUGCCUCACUCGCUUACUCGCUCGCUCUAUUUUCCUCGCACUGAAACAUGAAGAGAACUGAGUGAACAAAAGAGUGAGUGAUGUGAGUGUAACGCUGAGAAACAAACAAACAAACAAAGAAGCAAACAAACAAGCAAGCAACAAACAAACAAUAUACUAACAGAAAGAAAGUAAGAAGACAGAAAGAAAAAAGAAAGAAAAGAAAGAAGGAACAGUGAAAGAAGAAAGAAAACAAGCCACAGGGAGAGAGAGAGAGAGAGAGAGAGAGAGAGAGAGAGAGAGAGAGAGAGAGAGAGAGAGAGAGAGAGAGAGAGAGAGAGAAAUAUUCAUAUAAGCGAUUUUAACCUCUCGCGUGCCUUCCUCCUUCUGCUCCUCCUCCUCCUCCUCCUCCUCCUCCUCCUCCUUCCUAGAAAAGAGAAGACAAUAUUAAAGUGAGAGGAGCAGUGUAAAUAUUCUCUUUUAUCAGUGAGAGAGAGAGAGAGAGAGAGAGAGAGAGAGAGAGAGAGAGAGAGAGAGAGAGAGAGAGAGAGAGAGAGAGAGAGAGAGAGAGAGAGAGAGAGAGAGAGAGAGAGAGAGAGAGAGAGAGAGAGAGAGAGAGAGAGAGAGAGAGACAGCAUGUGGGUCGUCGGCGCUGUCUCUCUCCUGCUUCUCCUGCCCCUGAGCUGCGGACACAACGGGAUGGUCGGAAGAAGUGGCGGAGUCACAAGAGUAGGAAGAACAGAGAGAGAGGACAGUGAAGGAAAAGGAGGAGGAGGAGGAGGAGGAGACAGAAGUACAGAAGGAGGAGGAGGAGGAGGAGGAGGAGGCCUUCUUCUGGAGAGGUUGCCCCCGUCUCGUCCAUCUCCACUCUCUGAAGAAGAAGGAGGCGGUGGUGGUAGUGGUGGUGGUGGUGGCGGUGAGGAAGUGGUCAUGAAGCCCUUCUUUGACAACUCCACGGAGACCCGGGUGGUGGGUGGAGUUGGCAGGACCGCUUUCCUCCACUGCCGGGUGUGUCAACUUGGGGACAGAGCGGUCACGUGGAUAAGGAAGCGGGACCUGCACGUGCUGACGGUGGGCCUCUUCACCUAUAGCACCGACGCCCGCUACUCCGCCCUUCACUCCGAGGGCUCCGACACCUGGACACUUCGCAUCGCCUCGGCCCAGCUCCCGGACAGCGGUGCCUACGAAUGCCAAGUCACGAUAGAACCCAAGAUGUCCCAAAAGUACACCCUGCAAGUCGUGGAGGCCGCCGCGCACCUCGCCGGCCCCAAGGAGAUCCACAUGGUCAGCGGCAGCAACAUCAACCUCACAUGUCACGUCCGCGGUAGCCCCGAGCCCACGCAGCACAUCCUCUGGUACCGCGGCGCCACGCUCGUCAACUACAGCUCGCGCGGAGGCAUCAGCGUGGUCACGGACAAGCUGACGGGCACCUCAAGGCUGGUCCUCACGCGCACCACGCCCGCCGACUCGGGGAACUACACGUGCGCCCCGGCCAACGCUGAGCCCGCCUCCGUCAGCGUGUACAUACUGAACGGCGAGCACCCGGCAGCAAUACAGGGCGGCAGCAGCAGGAACCUCCAGUCCCUGCCCGGCCUACUUCUGCUGGCGUCUGCUGUGUCGGGCCUGCACACCCUCACGCAGCGAUAAUGCGUCUACUUCUGCUGGCCCCUAGAUGCCCACCCUGAUAGUCAUUCUACCGUCUAUUUCUAGCGUGCAAUGGGAGCCUACAUCUGUUAACACCUGUCUUAAUAGCUACUCCAUGUCUGUCCGUUUGAUUUUGUCGGAACUUAUUUUUUUUACUGCAGUCCUGUAAUAGUUAUAAUCAUCUUUCUACUGCCCAGUGAUGAAGGAGGGAAGUGGUGUGCGUGGUUAAGGGGCUGUUACACUGGCCAAAUUUUCCGUGGAUCUUCAGUCAAACCACGAUACCCGCUGGCGUGGUUCUCAUAUUUCCGUGGUGUUCUGACGUGUCCACGAUCUUCCAAAACUACGGUAGAUUUCACCGAAGGACGACGGUAUUACUCACCAUCAGCAGCACCAGCAAUAACAAGAAGCAAAUGAGAACCACGUUAUCGGAAAUCGUGGUUUGACUGAAGAUCCACGGAAAAUUUGCCCAGUGUAACAGCCCCUUGAGGGAGAUACAGAAAAUGGCUAAUAUUUCCUGUCUUUCACUUAUUGUCAUUUCUUCUUUUUUUAUGUUCCGCCUGUGGCUGGGGUAGGCUUUCCUGGUGGGCCCUGAUGGUCGCCUCCAGCCCAUUAUGGCGCAGGCAAGUGUUUUUUCGUGGCGCCAUCAUGCUUGGCUCAUGCUGUCCCCCGGAGCUCAUCUUUGAUUUUCUUAGAGUGAGAAUCUAGAGUCCGGGUUGACAGGUGGUGUUUAGGACAGCAUGUGGGUAGUCUUAGGCCACUCGGCGGUGACUGAAAAAUCCCAGAGUAGCGGCGCCCGUACGGUAACCACUCAGCCACCGCCUCCCCGUUGUUUGGUAUUUCGUUUAAACUUUCCUUAACGCAGCCCUAGUUAAGCGUCCUUCUACCGUACAAUGCUGAAGGGAUGUAAGUGUUGCGCGACGUAAGGAAGCUACAGAGAGAUACAGAGACGUAUUUGAGAGCGUGUGAACUCAAGCGACGCAACAGUUUACUAAAGUCUCCCAUUGCACGCCAGAAAGACUAUUGAUAAAUCCACUCAUUCUGUAAAUUCAUGAACAUUUUUAUCUUCUGUACCGGGCUAUCCUAUCUUGGUGUCCCUCCUCACGCUGUCCUUCCUCAAGCGACCAAACAGUUUACUAGAGUCUCCCCUUGCACGCCAGAAAGCCUAUUGAUAAACCAACUCAUUCUGUAAAUUCAUGAACAUUUUUGUCUUCUGUACCGGGCUAUCCUAUCUUGGUGUCCCUUCUCACGCUGUCCUUCCUCAAGCGACCAAACAGUUUACUAGAGUCUCCCCUUGCACGCCAGAAAGACUACUGAUAAACCAACUCAUUCUGUAAAUUCAUGAACAUUUUUAUCUUCUGUACAGGGCUAUCCUAUCUUGCUGUCCCUCCUCACGCUGUCCUUCCUCAAGAGGCGAAACAAUUUACUAGAGUCCCUCAUUGCACGCCAGAAACGGAGUAGCGAAAGACCCACUUCAUCUGUAUAUUCUUGUGUACUUUUUUAUCUGCUGUACCGUGCUAUCCUACCUCGGUGUUCGUCCUCGCAGCUUAGUCUUCAACGCCUCACCCACGCAGUCCCACCUACCAGACCUUACAUAUACCUGAACCACCCACCUGAACCACCCACCUGAGCACAUUUACACCUGUUGGUUAUGCUUAUGAUUGGGUAGUAUGUUUUUCUUUUCUUUUUUUCUUUUUUUACAACAAAGGAGACAGCUCAAGGGCACACAAAAAAGUAAACAAUAAUAACAACAAAAAAAGCCCGCUACUCGCUGCUCACAAAAAGAAUCUAGAGAGGUGGCCGAAAAAAGAGGUCAAUUUCGGUGAUUAGGUAUUCCUCCACACACACCUGACCCUUUUAAUCAACACUUCCAACCCCUUUCUACACCCUCCCAAACCUCCAUGUAUACGUACUCUUACUUGUUGUUUAUAUAAAGACGACGAAGAGAAAACAUAAAAUAAAGUUGGAGUAAAGGAAAUGUCUGAGAAUAAAGCAUAAAUGAACAACA